GAGUGGAGGGGGAUGGGGAUCUCUAAGGCCUGUUACUGAUUUGGUGCCUGUUGUUUGUCCGGGAAGGUUUUCUCGAGGAGAGCGCAGAGUUUGCGAAUAGCGGGCAGGAAGGGGCGAGGCUGGGACCAGGUGGGAGCUGGGGUGCCCCGAGUCCACAGGCAGUGAGGAGCUGGGCAGGUUGGUGGAGGGAGCUCUUGUUUCUCUGGCUUUAUGGGGCGGGUGGCAGCGGUUGAGGAACAUUGCUACAAAAUGACGAUCCUGGUAGAAAUCGUGCAGGUGUUUGAAAUCCCAGGACGGCAAUUUGGUCUCUUUUUUUGUGUGUUUUCACUUUUCUGACAGAAAGAGGCAAUUCCUUCUCUCCGGGCUCAGCGUGGCCACUAACAUGCACUCACUUGCCUCUUUACGUCUCAGGACAUGAUACAAGUGGCACAUCCGGGCCAUGGGGUCCCAGCAUUCCACCUCUGCUCGCCCCUCUUACUGCAAGCGAAAGAAAGAUGACAGGGCGGAUUUGCUGGCCGAAAGGGAGCAGGAAGAAGCCAUUGCUCAGUUCCCAUAUGUGGAGUUCACAGGUCGAGAUAGCAUCACCUGUCUCACGUGCCAGGGGACAGGCUACAUUCCAACAGAACAAGUAAACGAGUUGGUGGCUUUGAUCCCACACAGUGAUCAGAGAUUGCGCCCUCAGAGAACUAAGCAGUACGUCCUCCUGUCUGUCCUGCUCUGUCUCCUGGCAUCUGGUUUGGUGGUUUUCUUCCUGUUUCCACAUUCGGUCCUUGUCGAUGAUGACGGCAUCAAAGUGGUGAAAGUCACCUUUAAUAAGCAGGACUCCCUUGUAAUCCUCGCCAUCACGGCCACCCUGAAAAUCAGGAAUUCCAAUUUCUACUCUGUGGCAGUGACCAGCCUGUCCAGCCAGGUUCAGUACAUGAACACAGUGGUUGGCACAUACGUGACCACUAACGUCUCCCUCAUUCCACCUCGGAGCGAGCAACUGGUGAAUUUUACUGCGAAGGCUGAGAUGGGAGGACCGUUUUCCUAUGUGUACUUCUUCUGCACAUUACCCGAUAUCGUGGUGCACAACAUAGUGAUCUUCAUGCGGUACGUUGCUCUUCUCCCUGUCCCCGUGGCCUUUGCGUCUGCACCUGGACCAUCAAGCUGUGUGACCUCACCACCUUUGCUCAGGAGAUGCUGUGUGACCCACAAAGCAAAGGCACCUAACCAAAGAGGGGACACAUGAUGUCUUACAGGCACAAAUACAGUGGACCCUUGGGUGUUCUCUAGAUGCAGUGUCCAAUUCCCUUCACAAAUCACCAGAUUCACAGUGAUCAGGUAGACAUAAAGUUUUCUCCAUGAAGUAGGGUCUGGUUCUGUGAUCCCUUUAGAAUCCGAGUGAGACUAGUAAAGAACAGAAGAACUUCUCAAGGCGUAGUGAGUACUGGGCAUUUGACCAGACUUACUUUCUGUCCACACAAAUUACCAUGUGUCAUGGGUCUUUAUAGAGUUGGUCCUAGAACCCUGACUGUUCAAUUUGCGGAUGACAAGCAUCUUCUAGACAUUUGAAAUAGGAGGGUCUAGAGCAGAGCUUCUCAGCCUUGGCACCGUUGACAUUUUGGACAUUGGGACAUUUUGGACACCGUUAACAGUUCUUUGUUGUGGGGGGCUGUCUGGUGCACUGCAAGUUGUUUAACAGCAUCCCUAGCCUCUACCCGCUAAACGCUAGUUAAGUCACCACCUCCCCGCCCCUCAGUUGUAAUACCCCGGAAGGUCUUCAGACAUGGCGGAAAGUUUCCUAUAGGGUAAAAUUGUCCUGGGUUGAGAACCACUUAUUUAGAACCACUUCUUCAUGCCAUAGCCUUUCUGUGAAUGUAGAAAGAUCCUCUGGCCUCCUGGUUAUGUAAUCGUGAAGAUAGGCAUCUGGGACCCAUGGAUGUUGUUGCUUGAGCUUGCUAGAAAUUAUUUAGGCAACUUUUCUUCAUCUCAAAAACAGAACUUACUCUUCUUUUUUUUUUUUUU